CCUACUCUUACCAAUGCUCCUCCUACCUCUGGCAGCCUCAAUCAGCACUUUCAGGCCUCUGUUCUCUUGAACAAUCAUUUUUGCAUGCUCAUGGGCAUGGCCAAAGGGCACUCGGAUGUCAUCAUCGAAAGUCAUGACCCGCAAGGCCCAGCAGGCCUCCCUGACCACAUCGGCGUGCUGGCCAUGCUGUGUGAUAGCAGCGAUUAGCAGGGGCAACACUCCGGCUUUCACCAGACUCUGUCGAUUCUGUUCAUGUUUCAGGCAGGCAUGGCGCACACAGCGGAUCCCACAAGAGGACAUCAUGCGUGGGCUCCUGGAGACUGUCCACAGACGCUUUCGGUGCUGCCUUCACAAUGCUGCUCAGAUCAACCCCUGCAGAGGGAAGAUGGGGCUGCUGAAGACAAGUCCCUCAGGCUGGGUCUAGUAACGCAGCCCAAACUGGUAUGGAAUCGUCCUUCUUCCCGGUUCUCGAGCUCAUCACAACGCCUGUUCUUGCUGUUUUGUUUGGUCGUUUUUAUUGUGAAAGACAGUGUGUCUACGUAGCCGAGGCAGGUCUCGAACUCACAGCAGUCCUUCUGCCUCUGUCUCCCUUAGAGCAGCAUGACAGAUGCAGCAAUCACGCUUGCUCCAUCAACAUUAUAUCCACAUCAGGACCUGCGUCCCCCGAACCAGAGGACACGUCCUGUCCUCCUUGCUCCACUGCCUAGAAUGCAACUGGACACGCAGCAGGUGCCCAGCACACAGCAGUAGCACGAGAAUAAAAUGAAUGAAAAGAACGUGAACCCGAGAAGCGAGACAUUUCGUUCCCAAGAAUCUCUAGUACAAUCCUCUCCUUCCACCACCAGCCCGACCCCGGGACGCCCACUCCCCUCUGCGCCCACCGCAGGACUACCCGGCAGGCGUUCCUCACCGGGUCUACGCAGCCACGUGGGGGUGAAAGGGUGGGGCUCGCGGGUGUCGCCCAAGGCUCCGACUUUGGCUCCUUCCGGCCACCGUAGGCGCGCAAGCUCCCUCAGCCAAGGAGCUCCCUUCGGGGCAACAAGGGCGACCGCGAGCACAGGUAAAGGGAAGGGAACCACAGAGUACGCGUGGGUCUGAUGCCCUCGCCGCCUUUUCCGCACUGCUUCUAGUUAUCGCUUCCCCUCAAAAGAGAUAGUUUUCACCUCGGUAGAAUCUGCCCUGAGAAGCGAGCAGCGCGCGUGCGCGAGAGAGCCAAGAUGGCUGCUGUCAACGCUUGCGCAUAAGGGCCUAAGGCGGUGGCGGCCGGCGCUUGCGCACCAAGGCGAGGAGGCGGUUGCGCAGGCGCAACUCGGCGCUGCGGAAUCCGUUGGCUCAUUUGCAUCUCCCCGCCUCGCGAGGCGGCAGGAGAGAGAAACAUGGCAGCAAGGCGGAUGGCACAGGAAUCACUGGACACAGUGUUACAGGAGAAAUCUAAACGGUAUGGGAAUUCUGAGGCUGUUGGUGAAGCUCUCCAAGUUAAAGCUCAAGAUCUCAUAAGGACAGGCUCAAGAGCCAGAGCAGAUGUCUAUGAGGACCUUCACAGUGACAGUAGGUUCUCUGCCAGUGGAUCUGGAGUGUACUCAUUAGACUUGGGGAGAGAGGGCAUGAGAGGUGACAUGUUUGCGGGACCCUCCUUCAGAUCCAGCAACCAGUCCGUCGGCGAGGACAGCUAUCUUCGCAAAGAAUGUGGUCGGGAUCUGGAAGUGGCCCACACUGACUCCCGAGACCAAAGUUUUAGCCACCGGAAACUGGGACAUUUUCCUUCUCAGGACUGGAAGCUUGCACUCCGUGGCUCUUGGGAGCAAGACUUGGGCCACCCAGUUUCCCAAGAAUCCUCCUGGUCACAGGAGUAUGGUUUUGGGUCUUCAGUGUUGGGGGACUUAGCCUCCUCCAGGCGGUUGGAGAAGGAGAGUCGGGAUUAUGACCUGGACCAUCGUGGGGAGGUGGACUCUGUGUCUAGAGGCAGUGGGCAAGUCCUGGCCAGAGGCCGGUCUCUAAACAUGGCUGACCAGGAAGUCACUCUUCUAGGAAAGGGGGACACUCAAGGCCUGCUUGCAGCAAAGGGUGUUGAAAAGCUUAUUACGCUGAAAAGCAUGACCACGAAGAAAAUGCCUGUUGUCAGUCGUCUUACUUCCAAACUUCAGGGCACUAACCAAAUCCAGAAAGCCACCUCAAGUCCUGAUGUGACCCUUGGAACAAAUCCAGGGCUGGAUGAAAUCCAGUUCGCUGCUCUGAAGAUCCCCUUGGGCCUGGACCUGAGGACCCUCAGCUUCCCCAGAAGGAAGCUGGGCUUUGAUGCUGUGGACAAGACAGAUGUGUUCUCAAGGUUUGGCAUAGAGAUCAUCAAGUGGGCGGGGUUCCACACCAUCAAGGAUGACCUCAAGUUCUCCCAGCUCUUCCAGACUCUCUUUGAAUUGGAAACUGAGACCUGUGCCAAGAUGCUGGCCUCCUUCAAAUGCUCCUUGAAACCAGAACACAGAGAUUUCUGCUUUUUUACUAUCAAGUUUUUAAAGCACUCUGCUCUGAAGACACCCCGAGUUGAUAAUGAGUUUUUAAACAUGCUUUUAGACAAAGGUGCUGUGAAGACCAAAAACUGCUUCUUCGAGAUCAUCAAGCCCUUCGACAAGUACAUCAUGCGGCUCCAGGACAGGCUGCUGAAGGGCGUCACACCCUUGCUCAUGGCCUGUAAUGCCUACGAGCUCAACAUCAAGAUGAAGACCCUCACGAGCCCACUGGACCUGGCUGUGGCCCUGGAGACCACCAACUCUCUGUGUAGGAAGUCCCUGGCACUCUUAGGCCAGACCUUCUCCUUGGCCUCCUCCUUCAGGCAGGAGAAGAUCUUAGAAGCUGUGGGCCUCCAGGACAUUGCUCCAUCUCCUGCUUCCUUCCCAAACUUUGAGGACUCCACUUUGUUUGGAAGGGAGUACAUAGACCAUCUGAAGGCCUGGCUCAUGGCCAGUGGAUAUCCUCUCCAGGUUAAGAAGGCUGUACCCGUAGAGCCCCGAGAACAGAAAACCACAUCUCAGCCCUGGGCUGCAAGCACUCUGAGCCAAGCAGUCCCCCAGCGGGCGGAUCACAGGGUGGUGGACACCAUUGACCAGCUUGUCAUGCGUGUUAUCCAAGGCAGGCUGUCACCCAGGGAGAGAACACUACUUCUGCAGGACCCUGCUUACUGGUUUCUGUCUGAUGAGAACAGCCUGGAAUAUAAGUACUACAAAUUGAAGUUGGCAGAGUCACAGCGACUGAACCACAGCUGGCCCAUCAUGGAACGGAGGCCAACACCAGCACAGUGCGCAGUGCGUGCUAUGCUGUAUGCACAAGCUGUGCGAAGUCUCAAGCGUAGACUCCUCCCGUGGCAGCGCAGGCGGCUGCUUCGCUCUCAGGGUCCUCGAGGCCUGAAGGCCAAGAAAGCUACCACUGCCCAGCACACAUCCCUGUCCUCAGGCACUCAGCAGAGGCACCGUGGCCGCCAGACUGCAGCAGGCUCCUUACAGGUAAAGCCACCACCACGGGACUCAAGUGAUGCUGCCCAGGACUGCCUACCAGAACCUGCCAAACCCCAUCCUCAGCCCUCCUGCCCUGGAGCCUUGGGCCCAUCUCCUCGGCCAACAGCAGGGGAUGACUCGGGAGCCCUGCCGUCCUCUUCUCCCUGCCCCUCUGCUGAUGUGGAUCCAAAGACCAUGGAGACUGCUGAGAAGUUGGCCAGAUUUGUGGCUCAGGUGGGCCCUGAGAUUGAGCAGUUCAGCAUAGAGAACAGCACCGACAACCCUGACCUGUGGUUCCUGCACGACCAGAGCAGCUCAGCCUUCAAGUUCUACCGGGAGAAGGUGCUGGAACUGUGCCCAUCCAUUUCCUUCCAGUCUACUGGUGAGGCGGGGAACUCAGUGCAGAGCCCCACAACUCGAAAGGAGGGUGAGGGUGAACCGGAAGAGGGGCGUUCCCAGCAGGAGGCUACACUGGAGGGCCCUGAGGUGCUGCCUGAGGAGGAGGAAGAGGACGAGGAGGAUGAGGGCGGAGAGGAGGCCUGUACCCUCAGACCACAGGCAAGAACUGCCAAGUGUCCAGGCUCCGAGGGCAGCUCCCCCACUGACAGCAUUCCUGGAGAGGGGUCUAGGGAAGACCAGGCCAGCACCCCUGGCCUGUCACAGGCCUCCUCCGGCAGCUGCUUCCCCAGGAAGAGAAUCAGCAGCAAGUCACUGAAAGUCGGCAUGAUUCCUGCCCCCAAGAGGGUGUGUCUCAUCCAGGAGUCAAAGGUCCAUGAACCAGUUCGAAUCGCCUACGACAGGCCUCGGGGUCGUCCCAUAGCCAAAAAGAAGAAACCCAAGGACCUGGAGUUUGCCCAGCAGAAGCUGACAGACAAGAACCUGGGCUUCCAGAUGCUGCAGAAGAUGGGCUGGAAGGAAGGCCAUGGCCUGGGCUCCCUUGGGAAGGGCAUCCGUGAGCCCGUCAGCAUGGGUACUCUCUCAGAAGGAGAGGGCCUGGGGGCUGACGGGCCGAAGCAGAAAGAAGACACGUUUGACGUCUUCCGCCAACGCAUGAUGCAGAUGUACAGACACAAGCGAGCCAGCAAAUAGAUCAGAGCCACUGGCGACAGAGAUAAGCCUCGAAGCAGCCUUGCCCUUCCUGUACCCUGCCCCGGACGCCUGCAGCCUAAGCCUCGUUCCAGGGUCACUUCCACAAGGGCCAUGGAUUCCAAAAGCUGUGCUGGCCUGGCUUGCCGUGGCUCUGGCAUGCUCCUGUUCCUGGAAGUACUUGGUGAAGGUUGGUUCUGGUCCCUGGUAAAACGCAAAAGAACGCUGAUGAUGUUACACUUGGACGUUGUUGUGUUUGUGAGGAUCUAAGAUGUCAUGGUGUUGUCAUGUCAAGUGCUCAGAAUAAAUGAGGAGCAGACCCAC